CCCCCAACCAGAAGAAUCCACAUGGACCACUAAAAUAACCUUCCAUCUCGCAGCGGUUAAUCUGGUUCACAAUAUUCCAAAACCCACAAAACUAAACAAUUUGUACCUUCUCAUUCUUUUAAUUGCAGAGUGAGAAGAGUAGAGGGUUUUAUUUGAAUCACCUUCUUCUGUUUUUUAGCCUCUUUUUCCUUCUCCGAUCAAUCAUGUAUCACUGGUGACCUUCACAAAAUUUUUAAUGGUGCUAUAAUUAGCAAGAGGAGACCUUCUUGGUAUGAGAUAAUGGUUAUUGAUGACCAUUUCAGUGGCUAUAGGCAUAGCAUGUGAUUCUGCUUUCUGAAGUUACUUGGUAUCAAAAUGUGGAAUUUUGCAUCCAAUUGUAUGGCGGGAAGUGCUGGUUUGAAGACUACUCCAAAGCUAAAUCAAGAUGCAUCAGAUUAUUCAGAUGAUGAGGUGUCUUCUCUUGUUAGCAGAGAAGAAGGCCUAGAAUGCCCAAUAUGCUGGGAAUCUUUCAAUAUUGUGGAAAAUGUGCCUUACGUUUUAUGGUGUGGCCAUACGCUGUGUAAAAAUUGCAUAUUAGGACUGCAAUGGGCAGUUGUGAAAUUCCCCACGUUACCAAUUCAACUUCCCCUCUUUAUUUCCUGUCCAUGGUGCAAUCUCUUAUCCUUCCGUCUUGUCUACAGAGGCAACUUGAAGUUUCCUCGCAAGAAUUACUUUCUACUUUGGAUGGUUGAAAGCAAGAAUCAUGAUGGACAGAAGUCCCAUAACACCUUUUGUGAAGAUCAUCAACCCCUAUGGUCACCAGACGAUGAUUUAGCCCCCGGAAAUGAGUUCAGUCACAAUAACAUCAGAAGGGGGCAUCAUCUAGAACCAUCAAGAACAAACCAUGAUCAGAAUCAUGGUAAUGCUAUUCUGAAUUUUGGAAGAAUAAAUUCUUCCUUUCAGAAGUCACUGGUUUUCUUUAUUCAUUUAACUGCUAAGUUUCCUUUGGUCAUUAUAUUCCUUUUGAUUAUAUUAUAUGCCAUACCUGCUAGUGCAGCCAUUUUGGCCGUGUACGUUCUUAUUACUGUUCUGUUUGCUGUCCCAUCAUUUCUAAUACUGUACUUUGCUUAUCCUAGUUUGGAUUGGCUUGUCAAAGAAAUCAUCACUUGAUAUUAGCUUCUUGGUCAGUAAUCUUUGUGAAUAGAAGUUUGCACCUAGAAACUGGCUUCUGUUUUGUUUAGAUGCCAUCUUUUGUAAUCUGAUGACUUUCCAGUUCCC